AUGCAAGAGACAGAAGUAAGGCAUGAGGAAGUGUUAGCUCAGGCUCAGGCAAAGAAUGAAGAGUAUAGUGCUUACAUUAUGCAGCUCAAAAAUUCCUUAUUUACAGAGAAUGGUCAGCGCAUGCCGACAGAUCUAAGGGUUAGCUUUGAAGAGAAUACCACUUUACGAAGAAAGGUCCAUGAUUUAGAGGAUACCUUACGAAGUUUUCAAGUACAGAUCACUGGUCUUGAGCACACUAUCCGAAGCACCAGAGAAAAUGCCCCAGCUGUCGGUGCUACUACCGAAGAACCUUUGUACCCUGAAGGUUUCGCACCACGAGCAGAUCAUGAAAAAGCUCCAACUAUUGGUGUUACCACUGAAGAACCCUUAUACCCCCUAGGCUUUACACCACCUCAUGUUAGAGCACAACAAGGAGCGCAACAAGCUGAAGAUGUCCUAUAUUUUAGCCAGGAAGGUAGGAAAGAGUCAAGCGAACAAUUUGAAGAAAAAUGGAAACAACUAGAAGAAGAAAUUAGGGCUAUGAAGGAGGACACUAGAAUGUAUGGAAUUGAUGCUAAAGAAUUAAGUUUGGUUCCUGAUUUGGUGUUACCACCUAAGUUCAAAGUUCCAGAGUUUGAAAAAUUUGACGACACGAGAUACCUCUUUACUCACAUCACAAUGUUCUGCAGAAAAAUGAUUGGCGAUAUAGGGGAUGAUCAAUUAUUGAUUCAUUGCUUCCAAUAG